GGGACAGUGUGUGGCGCUCGGAACAUGGCGGGCGUCUGCGACGCGGCCGCCCCGGGAGAAGGCGGCGGUGGCGGCGCGGACGGCCCCGAUCGGACGGGCCGCGGCGAGGCGGAGCAGCCGGGCGGUGGCGGCCACGGGCCCGCGCCGCAGCACACCGAGACGCUGGGCUUCUACGAGAGCGACCGGCGGCGGGAAAAGCGCCGCGGCCGCGCAGAACUUUCAUUAUUGAGGUUCCUCAGUGCUGAACUAACAAGAGGGUACUUCCUCGAACAUAACGAGGCCAAGUAUACAGAGCGAAGAGAAAGAGUGUACACUUGUAUGCGAAUACCAAGAGAAUUGGAAAAGCUCAUGUUUUUUGGAAUUUUCCUGUGCCUCGAUGCCUUUCUGUAUGUGUUCACCCUGCUUCCUUUAAGAGUCUUCCUGGCGCUGUUCAGGCUCUUCACUCUGCCUUGCUAUGGCCUGCGGGACAGACGUGUGCUUCAACCUGCACAGGUGUGUGACAUUUUGAAGGGUGUCAUCUUGAUAAUCUGCUAUUUUAUGAUGCACUAUGUUGACUACUCCAUGAUGUACCACCUCAUAAGAGGGCAGUCUGUCAUCAAGCUCUACAUCAUCUACAACAUGCUGGAGGUAGCUGACCGUCUGUUCUCCUCUUUUGGACAAGAUAUCUUAGAUGCUCUCUACUGGACAGCCACAGAGCCUAAAGAAAGAAAAAGAGCACACAUUGGAGUCAUCCCUCACUUCUUCAUGGCUGUUCUCUAUGUCUUUCUACAUGCAAUUCUCAUAAUGGUUCAAGCAACGACACUCAAUGUGGCUUUCAACUCACAUAACAAGUCACUGCUUACUAUCAUGAUGUCAAACAACUUUGUUGAAAUUAAAGGAAGUGUUUUCAAGAAGUUUGAAAAGAACAAUCUCUUUCAGAUGUCAAAUAGUGAUAUUAAGGAACGAUUCACAAAUUAUGUGCUCUUGCUAAUAGUGUGCUUAAGAAACAUGGAACAGUUUUCUUGGAAUCCAGAUCAUCUCUGGGUCUUGUUUCCUGAUGUCUGUAUGGUGAUCGCAUCAGAAAUUGCUGUGGAUAUUGUAAAGCACGCCUUUAUCACCAAAUUCAAUGACAUCACUGCAGAUGUCUACAGCGAAUAUAGAGCCAGCCUUGCUUUUGACCUUGUUAGCAGCCGGCAGAAAAAUGCAUAUACAGACUACAGUGACUCAGUAGCACGGAGGAUGGGAUUUAUUCCUCUCCCGCUAGCUGUCUUACUCAUCAGAGUUGUAACAAGCUCAAUUAAAGUGCAAGGAAUCCUGUCCUAUGCCUGUGUGAUACUCUUCUAUUUUGGGUUGAUCUCCCUGAAAGUACUUAACAGCAUUGUGCUGUUGGGCAAGUCAUGUCAAUAUGUGAAGGAAGCCAAGAUGGAAGAGAAGCUGUUCAAUCCUCCCCCAGCCAGCACUCCCGGCAAACCCUCCAGUAAAUCCCAGAGCAAGGGCAAGUCCUCUCAAGGCCUUUCCACAGAAGAGAACCUGUCCACUUCUGCCACCAGCCAGCCUGUCCAUCAGAAAGAAAACGUCAUACCCUUACUUGUGACCAGCAAUUCCGAUCAGUUUCUGACAACCCCAGAUGGCGAUGAGAAGGACAUAACACAGGAGAACUCUGAAUUAAAACACAGAUCCUCAAAGAAAGAUUUGCUAGAGAUAGACAGGUUCACAAUCUGUGGGAACCGGAUUGACUGAGGUUGUGGCUGACGAGGUGAAGAUGCCGGGCCCUGGGACCACAAAUGCUGGUCCGCCAGGACACACUUGCUAAAAGUGGCAUUUAAUAUUUAUUUAAAACCUUAAAUUAUUAAUGGCAAGCAAAUCUUAGUAUCUUUCUUCCAGUAAUGUGGCCUGGCAAAAGGGCAGAUCACGGAACAGCGCCGGCUCCUGGCCUCGACUGGAAUGCUGAUGGAAGAUGAAUACUCCUCCUGCUUGGCCAACAGCAGCGGCGCUCCUGGCACCCAGCCAGAGAGCACUGCAGGAGCUCCUUUGCUUCGUCAGCCCGGGCUUCCUGAAUGGUGGAUUUCCCUCAAGGCCUCGUCAGUAUAAGGACAUACCUGGGAAACUGUGAAGCUUUUACCCUGGUUAUCUUUCCGGCCUCAUACAGUUUCACAAACUCUCUCCAAAUUUGACUUCACCUGCCAAAGCACUAAAAAAAAUUAUUAAAUAUAAGUCCAGAUAAAUGUUCUUACCACCAGAGUCAUCCUUGGCAAUACAUCUGAACUAAUAAGCAAAAUAAAAGACUACAUAAAUACAUGGUGAAUAACAGCAUCUUAUAGGAAACAGAGCUCUUGGCCCCUCCAUUUACUUCAUGAAGGUCAUGUGUAAUUGUCUCAGUUACUCUCCGAGCAGUGUGAGCUGUGUGGAACCUCAUGGCAGUGACGCAGUAAAAGGCAGUCUGUAACGAACACACAGAGCAGUGUCAACUCUAAGGUGUGCUUAACCCGGUUUCGUUUUAAAUUGCAUCAGUUAUUGCAAAUUAAAAGAUUUGGUGGUGAAUUGGCUGAAAAGCUGUUGAUACACAAAAUCAAAGUGGUUGCUAUCAACAGGCCGGUUUAUUUUUGUUUUGAGCAACAUUUUGUUUAUUUGGUUUUUUUCAAGACAAGGUUUCUCUGUGUAGCUUUGGAACCUGUCCUGGAACUAGCUCUUCUAGACCAGGCUGGCCUUGAACUCACAGAGAUCCGCCUGCCUCUGCUACCCCAGUGCUGGGAUUAAACGCAUGUGCUGCCGCCACCUGGUUGAGUAACACUUUCAAAGUAUUCACAACAGGUUGAGCAGCAUCACCUUGCUGGGCUCAUAGAAUGCAUUUGUCCUUCCAUGGCUCUGUGUUCUAUCAAGGAAGGGGACGGCGGGUGCCUUUGCUGGGACAGUCCCUCAUAUGACUGUAAAGGGUACUGGGAUAGGAGAGGGUACUACACUGUGGACACUGGGAAUAGCAACCAAAAGGUGCUUUGGGUUUUUUGUUUGAGAUGAAGAUGCUGUUCCUGCUUCAUUAUUUGUUGGUGUCAUCCAAGGGCAAGUUCUUACCACCCCAUUUUUAUCUUGAGAACCUUUUCUGCACUUCUCUUUAAAAGAAAAUUGACCACUUCUGCUUUCUGAACUGUCCAGAAGAUGGUAUCUUAACUGCAUUUCCUUUACUGUCUCACUUCUGAAACUGCUCUCAUACAAACACUUCAGGCACAGAUGGCAAGUUUUAGAUGGUUUGCCUGUAUCCUGGAUAAAUAUAAAACUAGUUUUGAUGCUUUGGCUUAUGCAUUUAAAAUACAGGAGGGUUUCUAAUGAUUUGCACUAACAGAAUCUAAAGCUGUUGGAGAUGUUAUACAUGCCUUGUAAAACCAGGAAGCAGUUUUAAGUUUAAAAUGAACUUUGUCGUUCUUUUGUGUGUGUUUCAGUGGGGCCCCACUUUUAAAAUAUUCUUUUUACUGUCAAGAAAGUGUCCAUUGCAACUAGCAGCAGUGUGGAGAAAGCUUUGCCAAACGCAACCCUGAUCAGAACAAGAACAUUGCCUACAUGUAUCUUUCAGUUCCGCUCGGAUUUUGUGUUUCUGUGUUGUUUUCUGAAGAAUGCAUUUCCUUUGCAGAUGCUGUUCAGAGUGUGGAUGAUACUCACUUCUGUCAUAAUGGCAUUCAGUACUAAUUUUAUAAGUGCAUCUUGUGUGAAA